AGGGUUGGUGGAGCUAAUGCAGCCCAAGCUCCUGGAGUCAGGCAGAGAUGGCGACUGCGAUCCGGCUGCUGGGGCGACGGGUGUCCAGUUGGAGGGUGCGGCCAUCGCCCCUCGCUGUCUCGCAGCGAGCUCACUCGAUGUUGCCUGUGGACGAUGCUAUCAACGGGCUAAACGAGGAGCAGAAGCAGCUUCGUCAGACUAUAUCUAAGUUCCUUCAUGAAAACCUGGUCCCCAAGGCCCAGGAGAUUGACCAGAGCAACGAGUUCAAGGACCUGAGAGAGUUCUGGAAGCAGCUGGGGAGCUUAGGAGUCCUGGGCAUCACAGCCCCUGUUCAGUAUGGCGGCUCUGGCCUGGGCUACCUAGAACAUGUGUUGGUGAUGGAAGAGAUAUCCCGGGCUUCUGGAGCAGUGGGACUUAGCUAUGGUGCCCACUCCAACCUCUGUGUCAACCAGAUUGUCCGCAACGGGAAUGAGGCACAGAAAGAGAAAUACCUUCCCAAGCUGAUCAGUGGUGAAUUCAUCGGAGCCCUGGCCAUGAGUGAGCCCAAUGCUGGCUCGGAUGUUGUCUCCAUGAAACUAAAAGCAGAAAAGAAAGGAGAUUACUACAUUAUGAAUGGCAACAAGUUCUGGAUCACCAACGGCCCAGAUGCUGAUGUCCUCGUUGUCUACGCCAAGACAGAUUUGACUGCCGUGCCAGCUUCUCGGGGCAUCACGGCCUUCAUUGUGGAGAAGGGUAUGCCUGGUUUUAGUACUUCCCAGAAGCUCGACAAACUGGGCAUGAGGGGCUCCAACACCUGCGAGCUAAUCUUCGAAGACUGCAAAGUUCCUGCUGCUAAUAUCCUGAGCCAAGAGAGUAAGGGUGUCUACGUACUCAUGAGCGGCCUGGACCUCGAACGCCUGGUGCUGGCAGGUGGACCGCUUGGGAUCAUGCAGGCUGUCCUGGACCACACCAUUCCCUAUCUGCAUGUAAGGGAAGCCUUUGGUCAGAAAAUCGGCCAAUUCCAGCUAAUGCAGGGAAAGAUGGCUGACAUGUACACCCGUCUCAUGGCGUGUCGACAGUAUGUCUACAAUGUUGCCAAGGCCUGUGAUGAAGGCCACAUCAUUGCCAAGGACUGUGCCGGUGUGAUUCUGUAUGCAGCCGAGUGUGCCACACAGGUAGCCCUGGACGGCAUUCAGUGCUUAGGUGGAAAUGGCUAUAUCAAUGACUUCCCCAUGGGCCGCUUCCUUCGAGAUGCCAAACUGUAUGAGAUAGGAGCCGGGACCAGCGAAGUGAGGCGGCUGAUCAUCGGCAGAGCAUUCAAUGCAGACUUCCGCUAGCCCCCUGGUCCUAGCCCUGAGGCCUUUCUUUGGAAGCAGAGGCCUGGCAGCCCUCUUACCUGUCCCUGGAAGCCCUGCAGCUCAGCUGCCCUUCUCACACCAGCCUCUGCCCGCUGAGGGUCGGAACAGAGGUCAGAUCCUCCAGUCAGUCAGUCAGCCAGCCAGGAAAGCUUAAAAUGGACUGCAAAAAGGACUUUGGUUUUUCUGGGGCUUGUGGGGGGCUUCCGUGACUCUGCCCUUACUCUCCACUGCUGAAUUUUCUUAAUGGUCUCUGUUCUUGAGGAAAAAGCAAAAGCCUUGUCCUUGUAAGCUGUUUCCCACGGUCUAAACAGCUCUGUGUGACAGAGAAGAGUCCUGGCCUAGCCUUGCUGGCCUCCCUGGUGUACCUGAAUCUGACCAUCACUCUGUGACAGGCUAGCACUGGAUCUGCUCAUGUGACCUUCUGCAGCUGACCUGGCAGCAGGCACAGGCCCUGUGGCCAAUCUGCGUUGCCUGGCUCAACUCCAGUCUCUGCCUGUGUACAUUUCUCGAGACAUCCCUGUGGCUAAUUUUGUUACAACUGCACGGCUGCUGCCAUUUUGUAUUAAACAUGCUCCCCAACCCAACCCUUCCGUGCCCAAAGCAGUAAUCUGGAGGAGAGGCAAGCCACUUGCUGUGGCCCUCUGUCUGCAUCCUGAGUGUCCUUGAAGAUCCUGCCCUUCACUCUGUCCACUGGUAAGGGGACAGGAGGCUAGAAUGGGAACUCUCAGGCCCAAAUCUCCCAGUGAGUCUCCUUUUCUUUUGUUGUGCUUAGCUGCACCUCGAGUGUGCUAAGCAUACACUGGAGCACUGAGUCUACUAUCUCCUCCCUCCCCUACCAACUUCUCCAUGGUUUUAUUUGGGGCUCCCUGUAACCUAGACUGGCCUUGAACUAAGAUUUUGAUCUGCCCCUACCUCAAGUGCUGGGAUUACAGGCAUGAGCCCCAUGUACCUCCCUGUGUUUUCUCUUAAAGGGAGUGGAGGGAUCAAUCGUGGGAAGGCAGGAGGACCUUAUUAAGUUUCUAGAGACUGUCCCUGAGAGUUGUUUGCUUUUGAAACAGAGUCUAGCCUGCCUCUGCCUCCUUAGUGCCAAAAUUACAGGCAUGAAUACACCUGGCACAUUUCUGAGUUUUGUUUUGUCUCAAUAUAUAGCCCUGGCUGGCCUUGAAUGCAAAACACACUUCUGCCUCUGUCUCCCAAGUUCUGGGAUUAAAGGAAUGUGCCACCACCAUGCCCAUCCCAGUCUCUGAGGGUGGUUUUGUUUUAUUUUGUUUUUAAUAUCCAGACAACUUGACUUUUUCAAGGUCAGAGUUGGAUCUAGGAUCCAGAUAGGCCAGUAGCAAAAAUGGAGUGUCCUGAACAUCCCGACCUGGGGCCACUGCGUAUAGCAUCCUAGGUAGAGCAUCUGAGUUGUCCACUCCUCAGUACCCAAAAGUAAAACUGGUUUUCCUGGAUCCCAACCCAGCAGUGCUUGGUCCAGCUAAGUGGUGAGGCUUGAGACAGGUAGAGUUAGCACCUUUCCAACCCCAAUCUAGUCCCAUCAUGAGGAGAAGAUCCAGAGCUCGUGGCUGCUGCCCCUUAGCUGCUCUGAAUGUUCAUGAAUGCAGUAGACUUGGUGGUCACCUGAGGCAGAUCACUGGAAUGACCCACACAAGGUGUUCAAGAUGUGGCAGAGGACCUGCAAGCCUGCAGGAUGGCUUGCCUUCGUGCCUAACCAUCUGAGUUGCAGUCCUGGAACCCAGGUGGUAGAUGGAACUGACUCUCAAGUUGUCCCCUAACCUCCACAAGUUAGUAAAAUGAAGUAUGUCACCCAGUGUUGCCUACUGGGACUCUACCAACUUGAGAGUAUCCCCAAAAGUACACUUGUUAAAAUCCCUUCCCAGCACUGGGGAGGCAGAGGCAGGAGAAUCUCAGUGAGUUUGAGAGCAGCCUAGUCUACAGGGCGAAGUCCAGGACAGCCAAGACCUCACAGAGAGAAACUGGUUCCCUCCCCCCAAAAAGCUUUAAUACCAACCAUCAGCUAAUGGCUUGGGGAGUAGGACCCGCGUAACUUUAGUGGCUUUUUACGCCUGGGCUCUGUCAUGUGAGGUCCCAUCCAUGCUGUGAUGCAACAGAAAAUACUGGAGAUGGGAAUGCCAAUGCUUCUGGAACCUCGAGCUCAAUCUCUAUAAUUACCCAAUCUGUUUGCAUCCAGUUAUAGCAACAGAAAGGAAGAAUGUGAUUGUUUUCCUGUUUUUUAUAUGAUGUACACAAAUGUUUUAAAAUAAAAGACAAAACAAA